AAGCCUUUCACUCUCACAAUUCACUACCUCCACCCGCUAAUCACGCAUUGUCCUCUGCCACCACCACUAUUUGCCUCACUCUAAAGCUAAACCCUCUUCCCUUUUUCAAACCCCAAAACACCCAUUUUCCCCCUCUCUUUCAAACACAAAUUCAAUCAAUAAAAUGGGUGACGAAGAAGAAACAGGGGAAGAUUACCUGUUCAAAAUAGUAGUAAUUGGGGAUUCAGCAGUGGGUAAAUCCAAUUUACUGUCAAGAUUUGCAAGAAAUGAAUUUGACCACAAUACAAAAGCAACAAUUGGGGUUGAAUUUCAGACAGUUUGUGUUGAAAUUAAUGGGAAAGAAGUGAAAGCACAGAUCUGGGAUACUGCUGGUCAAGAGAGAUUUAGAGCUGUUACUUCUGCUUAUUAUAGAGGUGCUGUUGGUGCUCUUCUUGUCUAUGAUAUUAGUCGCAAAACCACUUUUGAAAGUGUUAGUCGUUGGCUUGAUGAACUCAAUACUCAUUGUGAUACUGCAGUAGCAAGAUUAUUGGUCGGUAAUAAGUGUGAUUUAGAAAAUAUUCGAGAAGUGAGCGUGGAUGAGGCAAAAAGUGUUGCUGAAUCUGAAGGUUUGUUUUUCAUAGAGACGUCAGCUCUGGAUUCAACUAAUGUCAAAACGGCGUUUGAGAUAGCAAUCAAGGAGAUCUACAACAAUAUAAGCAGGAAACUAUUGAAUUCAGAUUCCUAUAAAGCUGAGUUGUCUGUUAAUCGAGUAAGCUUAACCAAAGAUGGUGAGGAUUCAAAUAGGAGUCGUCUGGGCUUUUCUUGCUGUUCUAGUUGAGAUGUACCAACUUUUUUGUCAGUUUUACCUUCUUUUUUGUUUUACAACUAUGUCUUGUUGAUAUUCCAAGUUGUGUGUCAAAGGCACUCUUCAAAGUUCCUAUUGAUAUCUAAGAAUUAUACUCCGUAUGAGACACAAAAACCCAUUUUCUUAAAAUCAAUUAAAAUCCAUAAAUAAUAUGUUUUCAGUUUUCCGCUUCAA